CGCUUGUAAAAAAGGUGCCGAAGAUGUUGAAAAGACGGACCAGCGGGACACCGUGGCAUGCUACGAUGACAAGGUUCCUUGUGUUUUCGCUACCACAGCCGGAAUCACAAAAACUUGUGUGACAACUACUUCCGACGUGGCAGCGUCGCCAUCUUCGGGGGUCAUUGACAGCGACGUGCCCUGCGAUGGUGUGAAGACUACCGCUGCAACCGGUACGGCUACUACCAAAAAUGUCAACAACGUGCUUGGGCUUGCUUGUUCUACGCCACCAGAUGAACGACCAGAAGCGCCUUUGAAAUUUUCCGAGACGAUGAAACAAGAGGAGGCUGUCCAUGUCAUCUCAUCGCACGAGGUACAGAUCGAAGCCGCCGCUUUUCCAGCGAUCUCCACCCCGGCCGACCGCGAAUUUGUUUCUCC